UCUUAUUGCUUUAUUUUAUUAGGAAUAGCAAACCAUUUAUCCGUAUUUUUUGAAUUAGCGACUUAAUCCUGCGUUGGCCAAAGCUUAAGCAACCGGAAAAGCACGGGAUCGCCGACGGCCAAGGACGUAAAUCACGGGAAAGUCGGGAUGUGGCCGCAAACGCUGGAAAUGUCGCGGGACGAGUGCCGAGGCAUGCUGCGUCGACUGGAACUUGAGUCCUAUUCGCAUGUGGUGAGCGUUUUUCGCGCCCAAGGAGCCCUCAGUGAAACCAAGGCGAAACUGCUCGAGGAGCUGCGCCAGCACUUCCACAUCAACCAGGAGCGCCAUCGGGCGGAAGUGCGGAGGGCGGCCAACGACGAGCAGCUCUGCACCAUAGCGGAAAACGUUUGUGGGCCCAACACCUGGCAGGAAUGGUCGCGCGAGGGACGUCGCCCUUAUCCCCUGCUUCCCAGGAUUAGUCCACAAACUGCUCUGAGCAUCGUUGCCAAUGACCUGGCGGCCAAAGCCUGUGAGGAAAACGCCAAAUUGGCGGCUCCGGCCGAAACGGCGGCCCACUUCGGAGAAGCCCUCGUGGAGCAGGCCUCGCUGAUGAGCCUGAAAUAUCCGCGUGGUUCCCGGACCCAGGAUACCACCAUGGUGAUCAUGGAGGAGCCGUUCAAAGUUCCCGAUGUGCCCAACGAGGUGAAGAAAAUGACACAGAAGCGCAAGGAGAACGAGAGCGGAAUGGACGGCAAGCCAAACAAGAAGAGGCACAUGCAGCAACCACAUCCGCAGCAGCCGCAUCUGCCGACCUCGCAGCUGCAGCAGCAGCAACAGCAGCUCAAUCCCAACUCCAAUCCCGGCGUGGAGGAGGCGGACCCUGUGCCCCCAGAGAAGCGGCUAACUCCGCGAACGCUACAGCAGCGCUACUUCUACCAGCAGCAGAUGAAGCACAAGCAGCGGCUGGCCAGCAAACGGAAUCUUAGCAACAGCCUGGGCGGGUCACCCUCCACGCAGUCGGGCAGUCCCUUGGGGGGCAGGAACAUGGCCUGCGCUGGGGGAGAGCCUUCGGCAGCAAAGCGAAUAGCCGCACCCGCCAAGAGCGGCAGACGAGCGCAGAAGCAACUGCAACAGCAGCUGCAACAGAAGUUGCAGCACCACCAGCAACAGAAAGUAUUAAUGCAAGCGCAGGAGUCGGUGCCCAAUCACAUGGUGGUGCAGCCGCACGUGGAGUAUGUGCUGGAUGAGGCGCUCAAAACGCUGGCGGCAUCAAAUCCCUCGACGCCCACCCACACGCCCACGCCCACAUCCACAGCCACUCCUCCAUACACCAUCCUGAACGAGCCGAGGCCACUGGUCACGCUGAAGCCACUGAAGACCAUUAAGCCCGUGAUCUAUGGACCGCAAAGUGGUCUGGCGUCCGCCGAAAUUGGAUCGCCCACAACGCCAGCCUCGCGGGGAUUCGCCAACUCUCCCAUAGUGUUCAAGGAGAAGCUGCAAACGACACCCGUGCCGGUGUCCACGCCAGGUCAGGGUUCGCCCACCAAGAAGUUUGUGGCGGAGGAACGACACUCGGAUGCGUUGCCCGCUGCGGCCACUGCACCCACGCCCAUUUCCACCGCGAAUCUUCCAUUGGCGCCGCAGAUAAUCAGUGUUCAGAAGAUCCCGGCACCUUCGAUGGGCGGUAAGCUGAGAGCAGCCGUGGCCUCGCCCACCAGUUCCGCCAACUCCACGCUCCUGUCACCGGGCGCCAAGACAACGCCCAAGAAAUUCAACAUCCUUGAGGGCGAUGCCAAGCCCAAGACCUUGCCCAGUUCGGCGGUCCGCCUGCUGCCGUAUACGGAACCCAUUGGCGGUCCUUUGUCGCCACUCAAGGACUCCAGGGUCACUCCUUUAAGCAGCGCCUCCACCGUCAACAUCAUCAAGAAUAUACCAGCUAGUAGUUUAAACAACACAUUGAUCACUCCGCUGCCCUCGGCCGGAACCACAAUGUCGGCGAAUCUCUUCAGAGCGAAGGUAACGCCGCCGAUCAAAGGAGCCAGUGGUGCUGCCGCCGGCGCAGCCGUUAUUGGUGCCGCAGGAGCAACAGGAAUCGGUGCAGCAGGUGCUGGACCUCAGAUUCUAGGGAACAUCAAGCUAACCAGCAGCUCGGGCGGAGCAGCCACCAUCAAGCAGGUGCCCAGCAGUGCCCUGCGGAACAUAAAGAUUUGCUCACCCAAUGGCAAGCUAUUCCUGCAGCCGGGUAAACUGCCAGCUGGCAGCAUUAUUCACAAGUUCAAUAACGCAAGCAGCACUGCGGUAUCUGCAGCGGGGGGAGUGGUGACCACCACCACCACUGUGUCGCCAACAAAUCUGGCGGCGCGGGAGCAGAGGAUCAGCAUACAAAAGAUACUGCAGCCGGCGACAGGAAGCGCGAGCAGCGGAAGCAGCAGUCCCACCACCACCACGACGACCAUAUCCGGCUUGACCUCCAGUGCCAAGCAGCCAAGUUUGGGCAGCAAACCGACCACACUGACCUUCGCCACUGCGGGCGGUGGUAAGAAUAACCUGGUCUUCCUGCCAGCGAGUGCGGCGAGUGGAAUGAGGGCACUCACGCUGGCCACAAAGCCCAAAUCCAAUGUGCUGGUCAUCGGCGCAAGCACCUCUCCAGCGCCCACAACCAGUGCGGGCUCAUCUCCCAAUCCCUCGGGCGGUGCAAAGCCCAAAGCCAACCAACUCAUCACGGAGGACACACCCAUCGAUAUCAUUAACAUGCCCAUCAUUGUGGCAGACAACGGCACCGCUGCGGAGCUCAAUCAGGCGUCGGUAAAGAACUCCCCUCUGGUGGUGUUCAAUGCCACCGAUUGGGAGAUGGAGCUGGAUCAGGCGGCCACCAAGUCUGCCACCACACCGAAGCAAAAUCUGGACGAUGUUAUCAUCGAGGAGGACGAGGACGCCGAGGAGGAAGCUGGGGAGCGCAGUGAGCAGCCAUCUACCAUGGACCUGAACAAUAGCAUAAUUGAGCUGCACCCGGAGGAUGACAGUGCCAUCGAGUACGUGGACAUGGACCUGGAGCAGCCCAUUGAGAUCGAGAGCACCAGCAACAUAUCGCCAGAGACGACCACCACCACCACCACCACCGUGAAGGCAGCCAUCGUCUCGACGUCGCCACAGCAGCCGAAGCAGAAGCAGAAGCCACUGGAACAUCCACUGGGAGCAGGAGGAACAGGGAGCAGCGCAGGAGCAGCUACCCAAUAGAUCGGUUGUCCAAUCAGCAAUUAAGUUACCUUAAACGAUCCCCAUUUCGAGAUAUUCGAGUGAGAGAACGCACACACCACACACCCACACUCACACACACACAGCAGACCCGGUUUGAAUUAGGUUUAGUUGGUAGUUUAGCGUCAAUGUCGAAGGUUUUCCCACUUAUUUCUAAUGAUCGCAACCCGCAGCCUUGGAGCAAAGUGCAAGAUAAUCGUAAAAAGUUCUCUAUGCUUGUGUUUGUGGAACGUUGAAACGCUCGCAAUAGUUAAGUUGCCAAAUCACACAAACCACCAUUGUUCUAAACAUAGUAUCGUAUAGUGAAAAGUAUACCCUGGAAAUCGUGUUAGUUCUAGUUUUACGCGCGCCCAUUUCAUUCGCCUGCAAUCUGCGGAGCCUGGAAUCGAUCACCCUCUCUCCUGUAAAUAGGGCAGAUGCCUCUGCGGACUACCUUAAUUUGUAUAGCUUGUAAAUAGAUUCCACACUUCGCCCCAACCCCAACCCCAAACUCAACCUCUCACCCUCAACCUUUGCCUAGCAUAAUUUCAUUCUAAUUUAGUUGCCUAAGUUAGUUGCGAAGAAAGCGAAAAUGUACACAAACAAAUUCGAGCAGCGCGCAAGAAAGCGAUGAAAUUGUUUAAAUGUUCAACUUGAAAGAUUCUUAAUUGUAUGAGAUUAUAGACCCUAGUUGACCCAACCACGAACAUGUAAAUAUCUGAUGAAUUUCGAAAUGCAAACCCCUAUCGCACAUAUAAAUAUACACAUGUAUAGACCUAGUUCGGCUAAGAA